AUGCUUAAACUAUACUGCAGAACUUCUUCACAUUCCCGAAGUCACUCAGAGUAUUCUGUGGCUGAAGGUAAUGUUGUGAAACCGGCGUUGACACCAAAAUUGUCAGUAGAAAGUACCGGAGAAAAUCGAAACACCGAUUCGCCGUCACUUCAGCCAAAGCGUAAAUUUCGUCAAGCUCAUCAAAGUUUUCGAAUUCGUAUGCUGCAAGAGCAGUAUGGAGUCGGAUUUGAACCGGUAAAACGGCAAACAGUGUUUUUCUGUAAAAAAAAAAAUGCUUCUUUAGUUUUUUUUUAUCUUUCUUCUAACUGCAUAUUGUACCAAACAAAAACUAACGCUUUUCCACUUCGGCACAGCAAUUUUUUCUUCCAAAGAUCAAAGAAUUGUAAUAAAUUAACAGUUGUCAGCUGA